AUGUCUUUCUUCAAGGAGGCAGCUCGGCCAUGUCGAGUCAGCAGUGCCCGCCUACUUCCAAAGCUAUUACGCCAGCAAAAAAGAGCUUUCAGUCACACCCACCCUGCUCGUUCUUCCAUAACCCCAGAGGAAGUUGAAGGCGCGCAUAAAUACUGUGUCGCCCUACUCUCGUAUGACCAGGCCCCACCAAGCUCUCCAAUGCUCGGGCAAAAAUAUGACCGACCCUCCUAUACCCUGAGCAGCUUCAUCCCCCCUCACGCCCGCUCCUUCUACCUCGCCCUCCGCGCAUUGAACGUCUCUCUCUCCCUGAUUCCUGAAACGACAUCAUCGCCCACAAUCGGCCUCAUGCGCCUUCAAUUCUGGCGCGACUCUGUCACCAAAAUCCUUGCCGGUAACCCACCAAAAGAACCCGUCGCAAUCCUCCUCUCCUCCGCCAUCUCCGAACUUCACCAUCGCACGGAGGGCCGCGCCCGGAUAAGCAAGGGCUGGCUUACACGACUGAUUAAUGCUCGGGAGCAGACUCUUACCAAUGAUCCAUACACCAAUAUCGCGGCGCUGGAGUCCUACGCUGAGAAUACCUAUUCGACACUCAUGUACCUUACUCUUUCCGCGCUGCCAAUGACAUCUGUCACGGCGGAUCAUGUGGCGUCGCAUAUUGGUAAGGCGGUUGGAAUUGCAGCUGUGUUGCGCGGGCUGCCUCUGGUUGCGUUUCCGGCAGCUCAGGCUCAGUCGCCGACUGGUGGUGGUGCGGCGAGUUUGGGGUUGAGUGGUGGUGCGAGACAGGGUGCUGUGAUGCUGCCGCUGGAUAUCAUGGCGCAGACUGGUGUGAAGGAGGAGGAAGUUUUGAGACGAGGUGCUGAGGCUGAGGGACUGCGUGAUGCGGUCUUUCAGGUUGCGACUCGCGCGAGUGAUCAUUUGAUUACUGUUGAGCAGAUGCUUAGCAACCUGCGUGAAGGAAAGGAUGUUGGACAUGAGUUUGAGCAUGAGGGUGAAGAGGGCCAUGAAUAUGAUGCGCCGAGUCACUCCCGUGAGUCGCCUAUUGAUGAGGUGAACAGGGCAUUUGGUGUUUUCAUGCCUGCUAUCGGGACCAGGCUGUGGCUGGAUCGGCUGCAGGAAUAUGACUUUGAUGUCUUCCGUCCUGAGUUGCUCCGGUCUGAUUGGAAGCUUCCUUGGAAGGCUUAUUGGGCUUUUCGCCAGAAGACUAUUUGA